GAAGCGGAGCGAUGGAGUUGCGGGCGGAAUUGACGGGCCGCGACGGGUUGAAACGGCCGCUGCGGGUUCGCUGCGAGCCGCCGGGAGAGCUGCGGGGCCUGCUCAGCGGCCUAGCUCAGCUGCGGGAACAGGUCUCCGCGCUGCUUGGCCCGCUGGUACAGCAGGAGAGCGGCGCCGGCGACCAAGUCAGGCCUGGAGGUGGUGGUGGUGAUGAUGAUGAACAGGAUGAUGAUGAUGAACAGGAUGAUGAUGAAGAAAAUCAUGUCAGUGCCAAAGCAUGUGCUGAUGGACCACCAUUAAAACGGAUAAAAACACGGUCCUGAUGAAAACUA